CCCCGGGAGCUGCCACCCACCACCACCACGCUGGACCUCAGCCACAAUGCCCUCACCCAGCUCCAGGACCGCUGGCUGGCCGCCCUCCCGCACCUGGAGGCUCUCCACAUCAGCCACAACCAGAUUAAGGAGCUUUCUCCACAGGCUUUCCACAAUGCCUCUUACCUGCGCCACCUCGACAUGUCCUCCAACCACCUGCGCGCCGUCGAGAGGCACUACUUCGACGCGCUGGUCAGCUUGGAGGAGCUGCUGCUCUACAACAACCGGAUCGCGCGGGUGGAUGAGAACGCCUUCACCAAGCUGAGCGGGCUUCGGAAAGUCUACCUGAGCUGGAACAACCUCACCUCCUUCCCCUUCCACGCGGUGCAGGGGCUGGGCGGCUACAGCCUGCGCACUCUGGACCUCUCCUCCAACAGCCUGCACAGCAUCCCCGUGGAGGAGCUGGCGGCUCUGCCCGAAAACGUCCGCAACGGUUUGUACCUGCACAACAACCCUGUGAAGUGCAGCUGCCCACUCUACCUGAUGCUCCAGCACUGGAAGCAGCAAGGUUUCAGCUCUGUGAGGGAUUUCUUCGAGGAACACACCUGCAAAGUGUCCGACAACGUGCCCCGGUCCCUGAUCAAGUUCCUCAAAUACAGCCACAUGUUCGAGAACUGCUCUGCGGGCCCCGAAGCCCCGCAUCCCGUGUCCUUCCGCGCCAUGGUGGGCCAGACCCUCCUGCUCGCUUGCAACGGCAGGGCGCCGGCCGGCGCCACCACGUACAUGUGGAUCUCCCCCCACCACGAGCCCAUCAAACACCCAGGCAACAGCAACCGCUCCCUGGAGGUGUACCGCAACGGCAGCCUGCGCAUCGCCGCAGCCAAGCCCUGGCACUCGGGGGUCUACGUGGGCUUGGCCAUCAACAGCCCCCACAAUUUCAGCCGGCUGUGCGAAGUCAACGUGACGGUCCAGUACCCCAAGCUGGACGGGGAGACCUUCAACACCGGGUUCACGACGCUGCUGGGGUGCAUCGUGAGCCUGCUGCUCGUCCUCGUGUACCUGUACCUGACACCCUGCCGCUGCCUGAGCUGCUGCAAGAAGCCGGCUCCUCUCAGCCCCCGGCAGGAGUGCAGCGCCCAGUCCUCCAUCCUCAGCACCACCCCCCCGGCCACCGACGCGCCCAACCGCAAGGUCAGCGCCAACAAGCACGUCGUCUUCCUCGAGCCCGUCAGGGAGACACAGAACGGCAAGAUCCGCCUGGCCCUCGGCGAGGAGUUCCCUGACACCAAGCACCCCAAGGUCCUGCAGCUCAAGUCGGACUCGGAGUCCAUCAGCUCCGUCUUUUCGGACACCCCCAUCGUGUCAUAG